GGCGCAGCUCCGAACCUUCUGGCGCAGGAACGGGCUCCUGACCUUGUCCAUGUUGUCCGUGGGCACCGGCUGCCUCCUGGGCUUCCUGCUGCGGGCGCUGGAGCUGACGGAGCUGGUAAGGACGGGCUGGGAGCGAGGGGAGCGCAGGAAGGAUCGGCCCGGAGAGCGCGGGAUGUUCUGCCGGGGAGAACCGCAUCUCACGGGCGUGUUUUCUUCGUAUUUUGGCCCCAAAUCCCGCGUCCCUCCGCCGGGACCCCGCGGGGCUGCAGGGGGUGGGUGGGGGGAGGCAGCCGCUGCCCUGAGCGCUGCGCUGGGCGCUGCUCCCUGCUCGGGGCCGCCCCACGGUACAGGGCAGCAGUGCCGGAAUCCCGCAGCUCCUCCACUGCUCGUGCUCGGCAUCCAGGCGAGUCCCGGCACAAAACACACCGGGUUCCCGGGGGUCCCCUCCUGUUCCCAAUGAGCCAUUAAAAUCACAGCGGUUUUAACUCAGCGCUGAUCUGUGGGACGCUCAGCCCCGCGUAACCUGCGAGGAUUUGGCAUUUGUCACUUCAAUUACACCCCGCAGCAUUACUGCCCGCAGCGAGGAUGAUCUGACUUAACCGAAGCGGGGUGUAAUCCCACUGCACCCCAAUGCACGUGGCCAUGAGAGAGGCAGCAUCCCGCUGCCCCCGCCCCAGGGAGUCCAACAAAUCCACGUGGCACUGGGGAAGGUUGGGUGGAGGAUGGAGGGAUGGAGGGAUGGAUGGGUGGAUGGAUGGAUCUGGGCAAAUCUGCCCAGUUGGAGCCUUUCACCCACAACCAGUGCACCCCUCCCCACUCCCACCCCUCCCAACGCUCUGCUCCCUGCAGGAGAAGCAGUACUUCUCCUUUCCUGGAGAGCUGCUCAUGAGGAUGCUGAAGAUGCUGAUCCUGCCGCUGAUCACCUCCAGCCUGAUGUCUGGGCUGGCAACCAUGGAGCCCAAGGCCUGUGGGAAGAUGGGGGUGAUCACCAUCACCUAUUACCUUUGGACCACGUUCAUGGCGGUGACCAUCGGGAUCAUCCUGGUAGUCAGCAUCCACCCUGGCGUGGCGGCUCAGAAGGAGGAUUACUCAGCAGGGAAGGUGGUGCUCAGCUCUGCCGACGCGCUGCUGGAUCUCAUCAGGAACAUGUUCCCUUCCAACUUGGUGGAAGCUUCCUUCCAGCAGUAUCGAACUGUCAUUGUCCCAGUGGUGAAGUCUCCACGAUUCCCAGCAAUCCCAGGGAAAUCCCUCAGUUUUAUUUACUUUGCACCGGAUGAGGAAAACCCUGAAAUCCACCGUCCCAUGUUUCUGGAGCUCACACCAUCUCCUGAAAUGACCUACAGGACCCUGCCAGGGACCAGCAACGAGAUGAACGUCCUUGGGAUCGUCAUCUUCUCCGCGACCAUCGGGCUGCUCCUGGGGAAGAUGGGCGAGCGAGGAGCGCCGCUGGUCAACGUGUGCCAGUGUCUGAACGAGGCCGUGAUGAAAAUCGUCUCCAUGGCUGUUUGGUACUUUCCUUUCGGCAUCGUGUUUCUCAUUGCUGGGAAGAUCCUGGAGAUGGAAGAUCCAUCGGUUACAGGCCAGAAGCUGGGGCUGUACGCCAUCACCGUGGUGUCGGGGCUGGCCAUCCAUGGACUCGUGCUCUUACCGCUGCUCUUUGUACUCAUCACCAAGAAAAACCCCUAUGCUUUCAUUAAGGGGAUACUGCAAGCUUUGCUGAUUGCCUUGGCUACAUCUUCCAGCUCUGCGACGUUGCCCAUCACCCUUAAGUGUCUCCUGGAAAACAACGGCAUUGACCGGCGCGUGGCACGCUUCGUCCUUCCUGUCGGUGCCACCAUCAACAUGGACGGCACGGCGCUGUACGAGGCCGUCGCUGCCAUCUUCAUCGCCCAGGUCAAUGAGUACGACCUGGAUUUGGGGCAGAUCGUGACCAUAAGCAUAACAGCAACUGCAGCGAGCAUCGGGGCGGCCGGGAUCCCCCAGUCGGGACUCGUCACGAUGGUCAUCGUGCUGACCUCGGUGGGGCUGCCCACAGCCGACAUCACACUCAUUGUUGCAGUGGACUGGGCCCUGGACCGAUUUCGGACCAUGACCAACGUCCUCGGGGACGCGCUGGCUGCUGGCAUCAUCCAGCACGUCUGCAAGAAAGACUUUGCCCCAAAGCCCCCAGAGCAUUUUUAUCUUUACUCACAGCAAGACACAGUGAGCGACACAGACAAGUUUCCUUCUGCGGAGCCCCCACUUCUGCAUCCCAAAGACAACGUGAUCCAUCUGCUCGAGGACACUCUGUUUGAGCAGAUGGGAGUGCACUACAACAUCUGCCAGGUGUAGGUGGCAGCACUCCCCCCUCAGUGCUAACCAUUCCCAAUGCCACCUACGGCUGCUCCGUGAGACAAAGGCCUUACCCGGGGCAGCAAACCCCGCUCUAUCCUUUCUACCCUGCUGUUGGAGCUGAGGACAGGACCGGACUGGCUGCCCUGCCUACAGCAGCUGGGGUCAUGGCACAGCCCUGCUCCCUUCCAUGAGGCUGCUUGGGAUUGGGGAAAAGCAAAGAGGUGACAGCAGAGAGCAGCAGAGGUGGAACUGAAGCUGUCAUCUUACGGCAGCAGCCUCUAUCUGCUGCAUGCCAUAAGGUGUUAAUAGUUAUUUUUAAACCUUUUUAUAUAUGCUAAUACAUACAUAUUAUGUAUUACAUAUUAAUAUAUACAUAUACAUGCAUAUCUUUUAGGUUCUCAUCCAAAAACCAAAGUGUUUCUUUUGCCCAGAGCCCAAAGCCAAAGCUGAGCAGAACAGGAUGCUGAACCAGCAUUACCCCAUCGCAGCUGAGCUCCUAAGUUCAAAUUCCCAUCCCAAUGAAAGCCUUAAAACAGCUGCCAGGGGCAGCCUUCUCCACAAAAGCCUUUCAUACACGUUAUGUAGUGCUGGAUGCAUUUACCUCUAGCAAUGCCACCACAUCAGAGAUCAGAGAUAAGCUCUACAGGGAAAUGAAAUAAGGAAAUGGAAAGAAGGGAAGAGGGAAAGGCAGACGGGUCCUGCCCUGCUCUCAGUACACAGCCAUUCACUCCUGAAAGCAGCAGUUUGGAUAGAUGGAUGUGCUGCUUAUUUAAGAACGUGGGUCACCCUGACAUCAGGGCAGAUGGGAAAGAAAACACGGGGCUGGCCGGCUCUGUGCACUUAUUUAUCACCUCUGCUUUUGCAAAACACGCCGCGUUCUCCCAGUGUCAACCUGCAGCACCAUCACCCCUCACCCCCUGCAGCUUUUGUGGCCAACCGGCCCCCAGCCAACCUCCCAGCCACACACCGGCUCCCCACAUCCUCUUAUUGGAGCCUACAACACUUGAACACUUUGGGGUUUUUAGUAGGAUGGGAACUGCUAUGAAUCUUCUCACUGUCCUUACAAAAACAAUGAUAAAAAUAAAGCUGUAUGACAACGUGGUGUUUUAAUGAGCCAUUAAGCUUUUACACAGUUACGAGCACCAACAGCAGGAAGUGGCAGCUGCUGCAAGGAGCUUCUCCUUGGGCAUCACCCCAUCUUCCUCCUCUGGUACCUGCAAGAAAAUCCUUUCUCUUCCUUCCUUGGACACGGCCUUAAACAAAUCAGCUUCACGUUGUUCCUUCCCCACAGACCAGAACGCACUCAGAGGAACUGGGAGAUCAGAGGGGACAGCAGAGCUGCUCUGACAAGCCCAGUACUCAUUACACGGACACCAAGAGCUGAACUUGGACCCAAUGUCCCUUCCCCACCAGCAGCAUCUGGGUGUCCAGCCCAGAAUCCAGGGAUGGGGAGCGGGGCCAAUUUCUGUCACUCACAGACCGUCAGGAAGCUGAGCUGCCUUCCUCCUUCCAUUCCUGCAGUAAGAAAGGAUGAGAGCAUUAAGGCCCAGGAAAUACUGUAAUAACAGGGAAUAAAACAGAAAAGCUGGCCCAAAAAGCAGCAGGCAUCAUUUCCUCAUUGCCAGUUCUCAGAGAGAUGACAGACAGCAUCCUGAUCCCAGGGAGAAGAAAACGGGAGUCGCUCCCUGAAGAGCAGAGCUGCUGUGUGCCACCAGAUGAUGCACGAGAUGGAGGCGUCUGGAGCUAUUCUGAGAUCUUAAAGCUCUGCCUCCUGCUUGUCACAUCAUUGCACUGCUGCUACAAAACGUCCUCACGACUCUACAGCUCAACAAGAGCUCAGAUUUUGAAGGACAGACAUUGGGCCAAGAUCAAACCUGUUUGCUUCCAGCGAAGCACGGGGACUGACUUACCAGAGCCAACGUGAACUGCAGUACCACGCUGAGGGCUGUGAGGGUGAGCACAGCCUCCUCCCAUGGCACAUGAGCCGCAGCCCAGCACUGCUCGCACCGACCCCACGCUGCUCCCAAGCCAAACCUGCUCUGCUCUGCUCUCUGUUGGGGUCUCUGCAGCAUGAACUGGGCUGAGCUUGGGAGCAGGAUCUGUUCCAACACAUUCAAACAGAAGUUGGGUUAAAGGAUGGUCGGAGGUCUGCUGGUUACUCAGACGCACGAGGAGCCACGGCUCCCUUUAUGUGAGUCGGUGAAGCUCUGUCUGCUCCUGGAUGGGCACGAGGAACGCUCCGGCUGCAGCUCUGCAGAGAGAAGGCCAUCAACCCGGACAAAAUAACAUCGACUGCAUUAUGUAACAGAGGUACAACUCAAAUGGGGGAUAAAAGGAAAACAAAGAUAGUUUAAGGAGCAGAGCAGCAAUGAGAAGGGAACCUCCACGCCCAGUUUUCUCCACCUGAGGGUUAACUGGCCUGGUAAGCACCGGGAGACCGGGCCAUCCCCAUAGCAGCAAGAACUGGGAAUGCAGCUCUGCAAAGCUCUGCUCUGAGCUGCCCUGGCAGCAAUUCGCCUUCUGCAGGACGGCUGGGGUGGAAGGGAGGGGAGGGGCCGUUCAGUUCCAACCCCACCAGCUCAGGGAUCCCCCCGGCCUCGGGCACCUCCAGCUCUGGGCAGGAUGGCAGCAGCCCCUCCAGCCUGGCAGCACAGCUUUGUGAGUGCCUGGCACAUCCCAACUGGGCCAACCCUUCCCAGGCCAUUGCAACCAGGCCCUGCCCGACCUGGGGGAUGGGGCAGCACCAAAACCCAGGGUUUUCCCUCUGAAGGUUAUGAAAAAUACCGACCGACCAACCCCAAACCUCUGAGCGAUGGGCUGCAGCUGGGGCUGGUUUGGUGCUGAUGCUCUUCUUCAGUUGUUAUUUCAUUCAGUCAUUUAAUGAAGCUGGAUAAACGCCCUGAGACCAAGAGAACAACUCCUGCAAGGUAAGAAGCCGGCCCUGUGCCCUCCUUUCAUCCCCUCGCUCUCAUCCUGUUACGCACAACAGAAGCUUUAGCAGAGCGAACCCAACGCGCCCACAAUUGCAAACACAGCUCACGUUACCCUGCAAAGUCCACCAGAACUCCAAAGUGCACAAAGCAGCCCCCAUCCCUGCAGGAAAAGAACCACGGAGGAAUCACUCAGUAAAAGCUUGAUGCCGUUCUGCCAUUCCCGGCCUCCAGCACAGCCCCUGGAGGAACCCGACAGAUGUGGCAUAAACCAGCAGGGAGCAAAACCAGCAAGGAAUGGGUCGGGCAAAAAAAUAACAACAAAAAAGAUCCUGUUCGUAUUCAAUUCAGUUUUAUAUGAAAAGAAGGGUGAGGGACCAAGGCUUCGCUUCCUUUCAUUUUGCCAAUGCCACAAGAAAACAACGCUGCGCCCACAGGGUCCCCAAUGAGCGGCGCUGUGUUCAACCCACCUUCCAGCUGCUUCAAUAUGGGAAUCCCAGCUUUACAAAGCAGCUCUGGAGCACCUGGAUGGAAGGAAGGGCAGAACGGGCCCAUUCCUGCAGCUCUAAGAUGGGGAUUUUUCACAUGCGUGCUCUCAAAAUAACACAAUGGGAUUGCAUUCGGUUCAGACGUUUGGAAAGCAGUGUCAUACUUUAUUUAAAAUAAACCCAUGUAAAAACAAAGCGUAAAUGAAAACGGUACCUGAAAAAUAAAUUAUUUGAUAUAAAACAAACCAAUAACUUAAAAACACGCCGAAUAUACAAAAUGUUUAACCGGGUACUGUACAGAACGGAAAACAAUCGGCAAAGCCUUCUGUCCCACAAACAGAUCCAUUCACCAACAAAAGGUUACAGAGGAAAAGGGAAACCAAACCCAGGAGCGGAGAACAGCGUCAUCUGUGCGGCAGGUCGAGGUUUGCCCCGAGUUCUUCCAAUUGAGAACAGCGGGUCGCACCGCCGACAGGCCGCCCCAACCCCUUGGAAAUAGGGAACAGGAGAACGAGGGCUGCGGGCACAGCACCCAUCCCUCAAGGUUCCACUGGCAGCCCCUCUCCCACCCCCUGCAGGGGGGAUUCCACCCCAGGGCAAAGCAGCUGGGGCUGCACCGGGAGCAGGAAGGCCAUGAAGGCCGUGCUCAGCUUUGCUGUUCACCUCCACCGCUUUCUUUUCAAAGUAGAAAAUGAAGUGGGUGCAAAAACCGCGUCAGACGAGAGCUAAGCUGCGGGUUGUUGUAAGCAGCCGCAUGGUGCUCAGUGCUGAGCUAUGGCAGAGGGCACAGAAAGACGUGACAUUAAAGCACGCAGGGUGAUAAAACCACGGGGGGAGCACAAAGGGAGCAGUGUUUUCCUAUGCCAGGUGUCAGUUUGGUCCCUUCCCCACAUUUCGGUGCAAUGAGCCCCAUCCCCCCAGCACAGCACCCUGCACUGGGACAAACACAUCCAUAGCACAAAGCUCUGUAUGUGACUCCAGCAGCUGAGCCCUGGACACCGGCAGCACCUCACAGAAAGCAGUAUGUGAAAUAGAAGGAAAACCCCCCGAGUCCUCCCUGUGCUCAGAGGGUUUUGCUGCCCGAGGACCUGGCUGCACUAAGUGGUUUGUUCUGCCACCCAGCUGCUGUCCGGGUGGAGGAGCUCACCAGGGGACGUUCCUAAAGGUUGGCUUUUUGUUUCUUAAGCACAUACGAAACAAUAAAACUACGCCAAAGAAAACAGCUUCAGUUAUUCCAGUUUAGAAUACACCGGGAGAAAGAAAUCUGCCCUGAAAUAUGUGAGGAAUCUUUGUUUCAUUGACCUUACCCCAAACAUGAAGAUAAAAGAACACGAGAACAACUAUUGAAGGACCUUGGGGAUCACUCGCUUCCCAACCUUAGCAUCCAAGACCUGCACCAGCUCUCCAGCUGCUCACUCACCUCCCUGGCAGCUGCAGACCCCUCCUGCUCUCAGUGUAGGCCUUCCUACUUGUAGCUGCUGUGUACAAAUGUGAGUACAACACACUGCGCCUCUGCCAGCACGGCAGCACUCCCAGCCAGCAGCUGCACAGCUCGCCCACCGCGCUGCCUUCACCAGGCUCCGUGCAAUGGCAACACAGAGGUUCUAUGGACACCAGCACCAGGGGGACACAGAGCUACAACAGCUCCUGCUCCUUCUGCCCUACAGACAGACCCCCUCCCCAGCACAGGAAGGGGCCGGGGGCAGCAGGGGGGGCUCAGCUCCCCUCCCUCAACAUGGCAGAGCACAACACAGAUACUGCAGAAAAGCAGCACAGCUCAAAGGACAAAAACUCAGCACCUGAGCACACAGACAGUCCAAAAUGGAACCAGCAGAAAACAAAGCAGAGCAUUACGCCGUCUGGAUUCUGCCCCUGGUCAGAGCCCUCUGAUGGUGCCAUUUGUUCACCUGAAGGGGCCUUACCAGCUCGUACAAAGCACACAGCAGCACCGCAGCUCCCUGCUCUGUAUUUUCUGUGCCAACAGGACGUCUGUGCAGGGGCUGCACCCUGUUCCUACAGGGGAUCUGGAAAGCAAGUGUCAGGUACUGGGUGGGAAUAAAAGCUCAUUAAUAAACCAGCAGAUCAGAAAAGACCAGCCUGAAUAAAGCCUGCAAGGAAACUCUGAGAAAACCUCUUUGUUUUUUUUUUCUUUUUUUUCUUUUUUUUUCUUUUUUUUUUUUUUUUACAGCCUAACAAACGCUGUAUUUUGGUGGGUCGGUUGGUUUGUUAAGUU